AAACCUUAUCAUAAUCCUCAUCUGCUCUUUAUUUUUUAUUCGUCAAAAAGGGGAAAAUUUUUUUUUUCGAUUUUCUAUCACUUUCUUGGGAAAGAGAUAAUUUUAUUUUCUAGAUCUAGCUUUUGCGAUCAUGGAGAUGGAGCGCGUGACAGAGUUCCCCCAUACGCAUAUGGACCGGCGACCUAGAAAGCGGCCGCGAUUGGGCUGGGACGUAAUUCAGUUGCCACCUCAGGCUCAGGUAGGAAUGUUUUGUGCACAAGAUGUUGGGCAUGUGACCAGCUUUGCUUCUUCCAAUGCAAGAGCACCCUCAGAUUAUGGUAGUACUAUUACUGCUAGUUCUUCUCUAGGUGUAAAGGGAGGAGUGGCUCGCAAUGGUUCUCCUCCAUGGCGAGAAGAUGACAAGGAUGGACAUUACAUGUUUGAGCUUGGAGAUAAUUUAACCUCUCGCUAUAAGAUACGGAGUAAAAUGGGUGAAGGUACCUUUGGUCAGGUCUUAGAAUGCUGGGAUAGAGAGAGGAAGGAGAUGGUUGCCAUCAAAAUUGUUCGUGGAAUUAAGAAGUAUCGUGAAGCAGCCAUGAUCGAAAUUGAAAUGCUGCAACAGCUUGGAAAACAUGAUAAAGGUGGCAAUCGUUUUGUGCAAAUACGGCACUGGUUUGACUAUCGUAACCAUAUCUGUAUUGUGUUUGAGAAGCUUGGACCAAGCUUAUACGAUUUUCUACGGAAAAACAAUUAUCGCUCAUUUCCCAUUGAUCUUGUCCGAGAGAUUGGCAGACAACUAUUGGAAUGUGUAGCAUUCAUGCAUGAUUUGCGUUUGAUACACACGGAUUUGAAGCCAGAAAACAUUCUUCUACUCUCUCCAGAGUAUGUCAAAGUUCCUGAUUACAAGGUGCUUUUUGCAUCAUUUAUUGGGCUAAUUGUUCUUUUAUAUUAUCUUUCUACUGUCAAGAGUGCAUCACGAUCCCCAAAGGAUAGUUCUUACUUUAAAAGAUUGCCAAAAUCAAGUGCUAUUAAGCUAAUCGAUUUUGGUAGCACAACUUAUGAGCGUCAAGAUCAGACUUACAUUGUGUCAACACGUCAUUACCGUGCUCCAGAGGUUAUUCUUGGACUUGGAUGGAGUUAUCCUUGUGACAUAUGGAGUGUUGGUUGCAUAUUAGUUGAAUUAUGCACGGGUGAGGCGCUGUUUCAAACUCAUGAGAAUUUGGAGCACCUUGCUAUGAUGGAGAGAGUGUUUGGUCCGCUACCUCAGCACAUGUUGAAGAGAGUAGAGUAUGUAUUCUUAUGAUGGACUGUCAGUCUUUGUUGGUACCUUGAUCUGUCUGUAAAGUUAAAUGUAAAAUUUCUGCAUUCCAGCUGACAUGCGGAGAAGUAUGUUAGAAGGGGUAGAUUGGAUUGGCCAGAUGCUGCUACCUCAAGAGAGAGUAUCAAAGCUGUUCUUAAGCUACCUCGUCUCCAGAACCUGAUAAUGCAGCAUGUGGACCAUUCAGCUGGGGAUCUGAUUCAUCUAUUGCAAGGAUUGCUUAGGUAUGACCCUAUUGAUAGGCUCACAGCUUGUGAAGCCCUAAGGCAUCCCUUUUUCAGCAGGGACCAAUUUAGGCGAUGAGCGUGGCAUUAUGUGGCGUGGGGCUUUGGAAUGCAAUACUGUAAAUUUUUCCGACAUGAAAUUGCCUCACUCUAGCACCAUCUGUUGUGUUAUAAACUGUAUCGUGGUGCAAGCUAACAGAUUUAACACCGACACAGAUGGUUUUUAAUUCAGAGGAGACUGGAAUUUGUAUCAUUAGUUAGAUUCAAUGAAGCUUUAGAAUCUGUUGUGUCGUGUUCC